UAAAGCUGAUCCCCACGGAAUCGCGGGAGACACACUGUACGAGCCCGUGGCCCCCUGCGCGACACACCGGCAGCGCUGCUUUAAUACAGGACACGCCGAUCGUCGCUGGCACGACCGAGGACACGGGGGCACGGCUGAGAUGGUGCAUCCCUGCACAGUUUUGGUCACCUUGCUGGCCCUGGUGGCGGAGCGCGGGGGUACGCAGCGGACGGGAGCUCGCCGCCCGGACUGCCCGUCCCGCUGUCACUGCGAGGAGGACGGCAUGCUUCUCCGGGUCGACUGCUCGGACUUGGGGCUCAGCGCCGUGCCGACGAACCUCAGCGUUUUCACGUCCUAUCUUGACCUCAGCAUGAACAACCUCACCCUGCUGCCCACUGGCGCCCUGUCCAACCUCCACUUCCUGGAAGAACUGCGUCUCGCAGGAAAUGACCUGACCCACAUCCCUAAAGGCACGUUCUUGGGCCUAUACAACCUCAAAGUGCUAAUGCUGCAGAACAACCACCUCCGGCAAGUCCCCAGCGAGGCCCUACAGAACCUGCGCUACCUCCAGUCUCUUCGCCUGGAUGCCAACCACAUCUACAACGUGCCCCCAAAGUGCUUCGAGGGCUUGGUGUCUCUGCGCCACCUGUGGCUGGAUGAUAAUGCCCUGACGGAGGUGCCCGUGCAGGCUCUGAGCGGCCUGUCCUCCCUGCAGGCCAUGACCCUUGCCCUCAACAAGAUCAGCCACAUCCCUGACCACGCCUUCUCCAACCUCUCCAGCCUGGUCGUCCUGCAUCUCCAUAACAAUAGAGUCCGCUCCCUGGGAAAGAAAUGCUUUGACGGGCUCCAGAGCCUGGAGACUUUGGAUUUAAACUACAACAACCUGGACGAAUUUCCUGUUGCGAUCAAAGCCCUGUCCAACCUGAAGGAGCUGGGGUUUCACAGCAACAACAUCAGGUCCAUUCCGGAGCAUGCCUUCACUGGAAACCCCUCUCUCCUGACAAUAUUCUUCUAUGACAACCCUAUCCAGUUCGUUGGCAAGUCGGCCUUCCAGCACCUGCCCGAGCUGCGAACGCUGUCUCUUAAUGGAGCCACAGAGAUCACAGAAUUUCCAGACCUUACAGGCACCACGAGUCUGGAAAGCUUGACCAUUACUGGGGCACGGAUAGGAGCACUGCCCAGCACCGUGUGUGACCAGCUACGCAACCUGCAAGUGCUGGAUCUUUCCUUCAACCUCAUCCAGCAUCUCCCCAGCUUCAGUGGAUGUGUGAAGAUCCAGAGAAUUGACCUUCACCACAACAAAAUCCAAGAAGUAUUAGUGGACACAUUUCAGGAGCUAAUGGCUCUCAGGUCCCUUGACCUGGCCUCGAACGAGCUUCACACAGUGGAUCCGCACGCCUUCUCUAAUCUGCUCUCAUUAAUCAAACUGGACCUCUCCUCAAACCAGCUCACAUCUCUGCCUGUGGUGGGACUUCAUGGCCUCACGCACUUGAAGCUUGCCGGCAACGAGGGGCUGCAGGAGUUGCUGUCCGCUGAAAGCUUCCCCAAACUCAGGGUGAUGGAGAUGCCCUACGCCUUCCAGUGUUGUGCCUUUGUCUCCUGUGAGAGGUCCCUGGAUCUCUGGGACCAAGAGGAGAGCAGCAGGAAGGAUGAGCUGGGUCGGGGAGACCAUGGCGGCAUGUCCAACCCAGAAGACCAUGACCUGGAGGACUUCCUCCUGGACCUUGAGGAAGAUCCGAAGUCUCACCACUCGGUGCAGUGCUCCCCGGCUCCAGGACCAUUCCGCCCCUGUUAUCACCUGUUUGGGAGCUGGCUCAUCCGCAGCGGGGUGUGGAUCAUCGUGGUGCUGUCCCUGGUCUGCAAUGCCUUGGUGGUGGUCACCGUCUUCUUGUCACCCAAUUUUGUGUCCCCGGCUAAGUACCUAGUUGGCCUCCUAGCUACAGCCAACAGCCUUAUGGGCCUCUCCAGCGGCAUCCUCGCAGUGGUAGACGCCCUGACCUUUGGCAGCUUUGCUAGGUACGGUGCCUGGUGGGAGAGGGGUGCCGGCUGCAAGAUUAUCGGCUUCCUGUCCGUCUUCGCAUCGGAGAGCUGCAUCUUCCUGCUAACGGCCGCUGCUCUAGAGCGUGGACUUUGCAUCUGCAGCUCAAAGAGGGCCGAGCCCAAGUCUUCCAUGGGGAGCAUCAAGGUCGUCUCGACCCUGUGCUUCGUCGUGGCUCUGGCCAUUACCAUCCUGCCCCUGCUACACGUGGGCGAAUAUGGCGUCUCUUCCCUGUGUUUCCCAUUGCCCUUUGGGGAGCCUUCUAGCUUGGGCUUUAUGGUCGCCCUAGUGCUGCUCAACUCCCUCUGCUACUUCGUCAUGACGGUCACCUAUACAAGGCUGUACUGCAACCUGGAGAAGGGUGAGCUGGACCACUUCACAGACAGUGCCAUGGUCAAGCAUGUAGCCUGGCUGCUGUUUGCCAACUGCCUCCUGUACUUCCCCGUGGCCUUCCUGUCCUUCUCCUCACUGCUCAGCCUCUCCUUCAUCAGCCCCGAAGUGGUCAAGUCCGUCUUGCUGGUCAUCGUCCCCUUGCCAGCGUGCCUCAACCCCUUGCUCUACAUGCUCUUUAACCCCGACUUCAAGGAGGACAUGAACUCCCUCCUCAAGCGCGCCCCCCGGCUUAGGAAGAGCCAGCAGGCUAGCCUGGUCUCCCUCAACUCUGAAGACGCCGAGAAACAGUCCUGCGACUCGACGCAGGCCCUGGUCACUCUGUCCUCCACCGAGCGGUCGGCGGGAAAGUUGCAGCGGCAGAGUGCGGAGGCCUACCGCCCACCGGUGCCAUUCGUCCCAUGCCGUUAGGCUGCAACGUUGGGCGACCAUCUUGGGUUGACUUCAUCCCGUAGCACCAGACUCUCCUGACUGCAAUUCUGAAUUGCGGGUGAGAACUGUACACAAAGACAUCAUGCUAGUUCAGUUACGGAAAGUAGCCAGGGAAGAGGUAGGGGUCGCAAAGCAUUGGACCGAAGGAAAACCGAGCUCCGCUUAACCAAUCCGCAAGAGCCCAAAUGUCUACGUUAAUCUGAGUAAGUGCUGCAUUUACCUCGCUGAAGUGUUUCUCAGUAUAGAGCACAUAGUGAAAUCUCAUUUCUCCUACUCAACGUCAAAUCAUUCAUGGGCAUUAAAGCAUCGAUGUAAGUAA